CCUUCUUUUAUCUAGAAAAUAUGGCUUAAAAUGCCGUGUUGCUUUGUAGCAUUUUCUAAACAAACAUUAACCUACAGUAACAUAAAGAAAGCAAGAAUUUACAGCAAAAGUACUUUCAAAAUGUUAGCGAUUUAAUGAAAGGAAAGUGCAAGUUUUUCCCGUUACAGUGUAUAGCAAGAUACGCUUAUCGCUCCAAGAGCCGGCAGUAAUAACACCAAUACAAACGGGUCGCAUUACAUCAGCAUAGGCGUUCAUGCGGUGAAGAGUCAUAUUCUGCUGCAUGUCGCUUUGGCCAUUGGCCGACCGAUGUUUGAAUCGACGAAGUUUUCUUCUCGUCUUGGUUUACUUCCGCAUAUGCUCAUUUAACCCGUCUAUCGUCUCCCGUGGACCGCCGACGCAACGUGGUUUAUGUUUAUUUGAAGAAGCAGUACAGAAUUUAGUUUUAGUUCAGCAUCCACACAAGGCACAUCAGAACGGUGUUAAUUCUGUUACACGUCCAGGCCUCGCCAUUGUCGUUAUUGUAAUGUGAUUAUGAAUAGAUUUAACCUAUAAAAGGAGUUCUAUUCUGUGGUAAACCCUAAGUUCGUGUGACUCAAUAUAGAGACUUAAUAUACAUUCUAAGGCGAAUUGCACGCAAACGGAAACUACACCCGAAAAAGUCCAUCCUAAACAAUAACUAUGAAAACGAUGUUCGUAUUCGCAAUGAGCAUCUGCUUGUUGUUUAACUACGCCGUGUCUGCUAUCCCAAAGCCGGAGGAAAAACGAGUGCUGGAUCAUGAUCCCCUAAGUCAUGCGCAACAUUAUCAAAACGAUGAGCAUAACAAACAGUACGAUCACGAAGCAUUUCUCGGCGAAGAUGCUAAAACGUUUGAUCAACUCGAAGCGGACGAAAGCAGAAGACGCUUGGGACUCAUCGUAGAUAAAAUAGACAGAGACAAUGAUGGCUUCGUUAAUAUGUCUGAGCUGAAAGCGUGGAUUCAGUACACGCAGAGGCGCUACAUCGACGAUGAUGUCAACCGUCAGUGGAAGACGCAUAAUCCGAACAACACGGAGAAGGUGCACUGGGACACAUACCGCAAGAAUGUGUAUGGAUUUCUGGACGAGCUUGCGGCGCAGGAACCGGACCAUCCGAGCGAUGAACAUUUUUCCUAUCGCACUAUGAUGAAGCGCGACCGACGCCGCUGGAGCAUUGCGGAUCGUGACGGAGAUGAUGAACUCACGAGGGAAGAGUUUACCGAUUUUCUACAUCCCGAGGAAAGCAGUCACAUGCGCGACGUUGUAGUAACGGAGACCAUCGAGGACAUUGAUAAGGAUAGUGACGGAAAGGUGUCAGUCGAAGAGUACAUUGGUGAUAUGUAUCGGCAAGGUGAACAGAAUGAAGAAGAACCGGAUUGGGUGAAACACGAACGCGAAACCUUUACCAACUUCCGUGACAAAAAUAAGGAUGGCUUCAUGGACAACCAGGAGGUGAAAGAUUGGAUCACUCCGGCGGACUUUGACCAUGCGGAAGCCGAAGCCCGUCAUUUGAUCUACGAGGCAGACUCUGACGCAGAUGAAAAGCUAACAAAGGACGAAAUUAUAGAAAAGUACGAUCUGUUUGUCGGUUCACAGGCGACUGAUUUUGGCGAGGCUUUAACGCGGCACGACGAAUUUUAGGCAAAACAAAAAAAGAAAUUAUGAUUCAAGUGUUCCAUUCAUUCGUGACGAGAUGGAAUAUUUUCGUAUACGAAUACAUAUUUCUUUGAAUUGAUAUUUAACAGCGCCAUGUCUUAGUGCGAUUACGGAAGGCAUUCGAUUGCGACUGACAAAUUUAACAUACUCUUUUGUUUGCCAUUCAAAAAUAGCAAAAGCACUGCUGGUAAAGAAAUGUAGUGAAUAGGUUUAAUAAUUAUUUCUUCGAAGAAUGAGAUCUGAUCAUCGAUAUGAAUAUAUCGUUCUAUGGUGUUCUAACAUUUAGUUUAACUAUUAAUAUCUUCUUUACAUAGGUUUAACAAAUCGUACCAUUUAUGUUCGCCUUACCUAAAAGCCUUGGGCAAGCUACUAAGAUCAACUAAAUGUGAAAUAUAUUCAAUUUGUAAACAAAAUCUAAAAAAAUCAUGUUUAUAAUUGAAUAAACAACAUUGGACCGAAUUAAGCGUUUAUAUCAAAUUAUUGCCAUUAGCUGAUCGCUCCUUUGCUGGCUACAAUUUGACAAGUGGGUCGAACGACCAUCAAUCAACAAUCACUUGUGUAUAUUUCAAACCAGAAAGUUGAUACCUAUAAUGUUGUGACUUAUAAUGUGUUCUUUCCGUGGUUCUUAUUGUUCGCAUUAAAUGAACCGCCAUUUCACCAUUAGUAUGCUGUAAAGAAUCGCAUACGAUUGGAGUCAAUAUAAGCGAGUUUCUUCAUAGAUGACAAUUUUAUUGUUACUUUUAGAUUGCAGUUAUUAUUGAAAUCGUAUUUACAUUGGCUUUCAUUACUACAUAAGUGUGCGAAUUAUUGUUAGGUGUAGUUCUCAGGUCAAACUUGUUUUUACAUCCGAGUGCAAUGUUCUUCUUAUAAUAUUCGAUUUGUUAAAAAAAAACCUUUUACACAUCACCUAUACUUGGAACAUGUCAUUGCUACUGUGCCUUCUUUUUCAUCGUAUAGUAACACAUACUGGCGCGACUAUCCGCAUAGCAUGUUUACAUGUUCUGUGUAAAUCGUAAUGUAUUUACGGGCUGCUACAGCAACUGCAAGUCUCCGAGUUUGUGUUUAUUUAGUAUUUUAUAUUAGUCUGCCUAAAAUAGUUCUUAGAGUAGCUCUUCGCUUAGUUGUGAUUUGAAUUACGUGUAAAGCAAGCAAACUGUACAUAGUCUGGUCAUUUUAUUUUCUAAUCGUUUGCCUUUGCCAAAGCAAAUAGUAAACUGACGUUGCUUAAAACAAAUACAUACUUGGCGCCGUACUUUUGCUACUACGAGCAUAGCAUGAAGUACUUGUAUUACACCCCUGUACCUAGACAAUAAUUUAACAGUUUUUACAUUACUGUACAUGGAACAAAAACCUGAAUCUGGGAUAUGUUUAAAAAGAAGAUAUAGCAGAACAAAAUGUGCAAAUGAUGGUAUUACGAUCGAACAAUUAAAGCAGUUAAAGAAAAGAAGAAAACAAUCAACAUUGAAGACCAGUUGUGUCGUUAGAGUAGGUCGCGAGAUCUAUUAGAUAGACGCGUCGGUUUCUAUAAGGUCGGGCGUGUUCGAUUCCCGUCCGGACAUUAUUCCCAUAGGCAGAACCAACUAUCCAGUUAUACGGUACUUUUUAAAGGAAAAGUUUAUACACUUCUGUAUUUGAACGUUACGGAGCGGUGAAGAGGUCUAUUGAGGAGUCUGGCGAAAUGAAACUGGCGUUGGCUCUUGUAAAACCGGACGCAGCUUGGUUCUCAUUCAUGCACUACCUUCCGGAUACAUGGACUCACUGACGAUUCCGUUAUGGUGUAUAAUUAUGUCAAGUAAGUUUACAUUAAUCUGGCAUCUCUGCGUAGAUCAUUUGCGCCAAAAAGGAGAUACACGUAUCUGGAAUGUUAACGUGCGUGAAAUUGUGGAAAAGAACACGUUGUUCUUUGAACUAUUUAUUCAACAAUUUUUUACUGCGAAAAGCUAAAUAUGAAUUUUUUGAAAACAGUGUAAAGUAUUGGACAUAGUUAUCACUAUGCAAUGAACUUUUUGUCGACAGUUUUACAAAAAUAAUGAUAAACUAAGGAAUGUAAUGGGACUCAAAAUAAUGGGCCAUUGGAAAGUUUUCAACGGUACAAAAACAUU